UCAUAAUAGUACACAGAUUCAGUCUUUUACUCAACAGUACACGGUAAACAAUGUUCUCUCCGAAAAGAGCUAUAAAAAAGUUUCUCAAGAACGAUUAAAAUUUGGCACUUUAAUAGGUGAGGCGAAAAAAGCAAUUCAAUUUGCAAUUCAAGAGGAUGAUGACGAAUUAAUUCAAUUUAUUAAAGCAUAUAACAAAAAAAAAGAAGAUCAUCUAAAUAUUUACUUUUGA